CUGGCCACCUAAUUAUGUAAUUUGAUUGGUCGAGCACUCGCUGAAGUAAAUUUAAGUCCAAAUGGAGGCAUUGCACUAAGGCUAAAAAUUUUGCGAGUUGUUGUUUGACCAUUCGAUCGUCUCCAAUACAACCUCUGUAACUUACCAACAGGCUCUUGAUCGCUAAGCCAGAGUUAAAUUAUACCAGUCUUCACUGAUUUUCUUGUUUGUUUUCAAAGCUCGAAAAUAAAGUCACCCACAAAUUGAAUAUGUUGAGUUACCUGAGCAGCUACAUCUGGACAUCUGAAGAGACCGAGGCCGAGAAUAGCUCUGAAAUCGAAACUCCCAAGGAGACUGGCACGGAGCAAGAAUCUAACUCAAUCAAACCUGGGUGCUCAACCGAAACUACAUGGGUGCUAGUUAAUGACGAUGGUGCUGCUGAUGUGAUGGAACAUGAAGUUGGUAUAGACGGUGAACCGAGUGAGCCUUCUACUAGUACGAGCAGAACCAGCUCUAUCCGGGAGUCCUCCUACCACCCAAUGGACCAAACUGAUUCCUCUGAAUCAAUGCUUCUUCGUAGCAACUUCUCGGAACCUCAAUUCGAGACUAAAUAUAGUCAAACUAACUGUUGGGACAUGGGUCCGCCUUCUUGUUUCCAUCUGAACGAAGCAACUGCCUCCUUAGCAAACUUAGACGCGGAGAAAAUUCUCGAGGCGUCUUACGUCGAAAAUUGCCUUCUAGAACUUUCUGUGUCGCGCACUGAAGACGUGCGAGACUAUUUAGAAAACAGUCAAGCCGAUGUUAGGACCUUAGUUAGUCAUCGAAAGAAGCCCAAAAAGUAUCAAGUUAGACCUAGUUCGCUCCAAGCGGCGCUGCAGAUUCAAGAAGAUCCGAAGUUUGAAGCCGCUAAAAAGGACCAACAAGCUAAGCUCAAAGCUAAGAAAGAGCACAAAGCAAACUCAAAGAACGCUUUGAAGAGGCAGAACUUGCAGCGUCAUAAGAACGUGGCGACUAAAAACAAGUCAUUCGGAUUGAUGAAAAGCCGAAUGAUCAACCAGUGCGCCUCGCGAUCCACUUGUCACUAGAUAACCAGACAACGGUAAAAGAAAAACAUUAAAGACUUGUAUUAAAAAUACUAACAGUCCAACUCACACGAGCACCUCGUUAUUUUACUUAAGAAAAUUACAGUAUGUUAAUGCGCUGCAAAAACAUGUCUUGCUGAAAUUUGAUUGAAUAAAGUAUAAAAAACAUAGUACACGUGUUCCUAAAUUUGGUUUGCGUUGUCAUGUACAUUUUCAAUUUCUAUCUUAUUAUCAAGAUUUGAGCAAUUUUUAAAUAGCUGAAUAACAAAUUUUAGUGGGUGCUUUAUAUAUUCGUGCAAAUAAUCCCAAAUUUUCAAUAAAGUUGUAGGUUACAGAAUUCUCUAAAUAGAUGAUAUAAAAGUAGUUAGUUGUUUUCACUCAAUUCAUAUUGUAGUAGAUUUAAUUAGAAUUCCAAAUUUAAUAAUGAUUGAAUUUUUCACUUCUGUCUGUCCACUAAUAUUUGAUUUCUAUGAAUCAUGGACAUUUAAUGUGCAUUCUAAAAUAUAAUUAAAUAUAAAAGAAUAUAAUACAAU